AUGUCUACACCAUUCAAUGCCUCCGCCGAACUGGCGGCCCUGAAGCAUGAAAAGAAGAACCAAAACCUCUAUCGUCUCCCUCCGACUGCUACAAUUCGGAGACGUCCCCUCAACCACACUCCCGUAGCCAACUUGCGAUCUGGCGCAAAGGUCCCUAAAGUCGUUUAUGUUUCACGUCGCACGCCUUUGAUAUCCGCAAUCAAGCGCGUCAAGAAGUUUUUACUGCAGGUUGAAAAAAGGGCGCUGCUGGAUGCUGGAGUAAGGAUGGGCUCAAAAGACAGGACUAAGAAGAUCAUACAGGCAAACGAGCAGUUGGCAAAGAGCCCAGAAGAGGUUUUGGUCAAGGCCAGUGGAAGGGCGAUGGAGCAGGCUUUGCGUGUGGGUGAAUGGUUUCGGAACAAGGAGAAAGCAGUUUUAUGCAAAGUUGAGGUUAGGGCUGGAAGUGUCAGUGUCGUGGAUGAUAUUGUGGAAGUGGAGGAAGACAAUGAGCGGAAAGAGAGUGGGUCGCCAGAAGAAUCGAAGAUGCAACGUGGUGAGACGACGCUGGCAAUGCUGGGCGACAACAUCACAGGCUCAGCUGAGCAAGACCAAACACCCAUCCACGAGGAAUAUGGAGCCGGUCAGGGGAAGACCAGCUUGGAUACCGACAUGGGUGAUGCUUCUAGAAAGAAAACGAGGAGGAAGAAAAAGAGAAAGAGACCUGUGUACGAAGAGGAUGAUCUACCUGAAGCACGCCUCAGAUGGGUCAAGACGGUCGAAGUUGCAAUCUCGUUGCGAACUUGA